AACCUGCAACAUCCGGGUAUUUUUUUGAGUCCACUGUUUGGUUUAGCUAGUGUUUGCAGGCUGUGUCAAAUUCAAGUGAAUAGGCUGGGGCUUGACACUCAUUUGGCCACAACAGCUCCGGCCUAAAAAUUCAAAGGAGGGACAUUUUAACUAUACUUUACGUCGACAAAUGUUAAAGUAAUGCAUCCCUGGUUUAGUCAGAACAGGGAGUUCCGCACUUUCACAAAUUGAUGCACUGUGAGGUGAUUGCUAGCUAGCUAACGUUACCCGCAAACUCCCUCCAUCUCGUCGGUGUUUCUGUUUCGGUCACAGCACCUCUGCUCUGUUGCUGUCUUUACAACUUCAAAACAGGUCUUGCGGAUUUUGGUUUUAAGAGCUACAAUGGGGGCGUUUUUGGACAAGCCAAAGAUGGAGAAGCACAAUGCUCAUGGUGAGGGGAACAGUCUGACCUAUGGCCUGAGCAGCAUGCAGGGCUGGAGGGUGGAGAUGGAGGAUGCGCACACGGCAGUCAUUGGCCUGCCUCAUGGGCUCGACCCUUGGUCCUUCUUUGCUGUCUAUGAUGGGCAUGCUGGCUCCCAGGUGGCCAAAUACUGCUGUGAGCACCUGCUGGAGCACAUUACCAGCAACCCAGACUUCCAGAGUGGUUUGGAGCCCAACGUAGAGAGUGUGAAGAUCGGCAUCCGCACAGGUUUCCUGCAGAUUGACGAGCACAUGCGGAACAUCUCAGAGAAGAAGCACGGUGUGGACCGCAGUGGCUCAACUGCGGUGGGGGUCAUGAUUUCCCCAGGCCACAUCUAUUUCAUCAACUGUGGAGACUCCCGGGGUCUUCUGAGCCGUGGAGGAGCUGUGCACUUCUUCACACAGGACCACAAGCCCAGCAACCCACUGGAGAAGGAGAGGAUUCAAAACGCCGGAGGCUCUGUCAUGAUCCAGAGAGUGAACGGCUCUCUGGCUGUGUCCCGGGCCCUGGGAGACUUUGACUACAAGUGUGUGCAUGGCAAGGGCCCCACUGAGCAGUUGGUUUCACCAGAGCCUGAGGUGUAUGCCAUUGAAAGGUCUGAGGUGGAAGAUGAGUUUAUUGUCCUAGCCUGCGAUGGCAUCUGGGAUGUCAUGGCCAAUGAGGAACUGUGUGACUUUGUCAGGUCCAGGCUAGAGGUGACCAAUGACCUUGAGAGGGUCUGCAAUGAAAUUGUUGACACUUGCUUGUACAAGGGGAGUCGGGACAAUAUGAGCGUUGUGCUGAUCUGCCUCCCAGGGGCUCCAAAGGUGACUGCAGAUGCCGUGAAAAGGGAAGCAGAGCUGGAUAAGUACCUGGAGAGCAGAGUAGAAGAGAUCAUAAAGAAGCAGGGAAACGAAGGGGUUCCAGACUUGGUCCACGUGAUGCGGACGUUAGCAUCAGAGAGCAUCCCUAACCUCCCUCCUGGGGGUGAACUGGCCAGCAAGCGAAACGUUGUUGAAGCAGUGUACAACAAACUCAACCCAUACCGAAGUGACGACACAGUCACUACAACUUUGAGCCCACAUCUCAAGGACGAUCAAAGGAAAUUGGAUGCACCGGAGCUCAAUUUGGAGUGUCUUAGCAAAAGGAUGUGAAUACUUAUGUAAAUUACAUUUCUGUAUUUCGUUUUCAAUAAAUGUGCUAAAAUCUCGAAGUGUGUGUGUGUGUGUGUGUGUGUGUGUGGCUGGCAAAGGAAAAACAUGUAUUCAAUGCAUUUUGAAUUCAGGCUGUACCGCAACAAAAUGUGGAAUACAUCAAGGUGUAUGAAUACUUUUCUGAAGGUACUUUUUGCAAAAUUCAGAGGCCAUAUCCUAAUCUUAGAUCCAUUCACCAUGCUUGAACCUUUGUAAAUCUUUCUUUGCCUCCCAUUGAAAUAGGAUAUGACUCUAAAAGAAUGCUCAAUUAGGGUGUAUUUCUUUUUUUUCAAUAUUUGACUUUUGAUAAAAAAUUGACCUGUCUGGUACCAUACAAGACUGACCUAAUUGUUCAAAAGCGUAGCACUUACUAAGCAUCCAAUGUAUUAUUUUUCUUAUAUACCAUAACUACAGUACCUCAUAAAUUCAUAGAAAACCUAUUUGUAUUGGUUGUUGUUUUAGACCACACCCCCUCUGUAGUUUUGCUUUGAAAACAGCCAUCAUACACUUGGCUGUUCUGACUGUCAGAAUCUGUGGAAUGUCAGACUGAGUUGUCAUAGAGUCGGGCAGACCCAUUGUAAAUGUAUUUGACUGAAAUGUGCAAAUUUGAAAUGUUGAUAUCUAUAAUGUAUCCAUUGCAAAUGCUAGUAUAUUUUAUUAACUAGUAAAAUCAUUGACCUUAUACGAAAAAGAAUGGCCUCAAACCCUUGCUUGUGUAAUUUCACCAACUUGUUUCGCUUUUGUGAUAUUCAACUUGUUCAGAGAUCUAGAAUUGUAACAAUGUUCAGGGUUCUAGAAAUGUAAGAUGUGUGAGAGGUAUUUGGUGUAAUUAAUGACAAUGGUUAAAUAUGCACUGAUAGUCUUUCUUAUCAGCUUUUUCACAAAUUAUUGUUCUAGAAAUAACCCCUGGAACUAGUUCUGUUAGGUUCAGAGGUAUAUCUGGCUGGAGUAAAAUAUAUUUGAAUGCUCGCUCCCAUAUUGUCCAUAUUGAUGUACCUCAGUUGUGACGUUACUGUGUGACCCUUAGCAGUGGUGGGUUGUGUCCCCUUAAACAGGGGACCUGAACCCCAUGUUGCUGACCUUUUCAGCUCACUAAUAAGCUCACCGAUUUGCCUUACCCAAUCUAACCCUAUCACUUAAGUACUUGUUUAUUGGAACACUUCAAGGAGAGAUGUAGACAUGACUUUCUUGUAACUGAGAAAUAAAUCAAAUCAAGUGUUUCCAUGUUAGGGUGCUUCUCUUCAAAGUGGCAUACUAUGUUGGUAGUUACAUGGUACACAUUUUCAACCGUUUCUGGUUUGUAUACAUUAUUUUUUUCUUCACGUUACCUUGUUGAAUCUUGAAAGCUUAUUUAAUUGCUCACUCCUGCAGAUGAUGUAAUACUUUAAGCAAAUGCAAGUGUAUAACAAUUGGGUAACCUUGUAAGCAUUAGAAAUGUGCAUACAUGCAUUCAUGUCUGCUAUAUUUAUGAAUACAUUCAAGAAUGGCUUUAGACUGCUGUAGUAUUGUCUAUGUUAAUUCAACUGCUUCUCAGAGGCCUCUGUGAUUGACUUUGCAAAGUUCAAUAACUGUAUAUUUUGUAUUAUGUCCCAUCUCCAAAGGAAAGACCGAAAAUAAAAUGUCAAAAAGCUUUGUUCCCUGAACUAAAUUGUGCUACUUGUGUUGAGUCGAUUGAACAAAUUGCAUUCCUUGCUUGUGAAUUUGUUUUUUCUCUUCUUUCCCUGAAUUUCCUCGCUGCCUUUCCGUCCUUAUUUCUUUCAUUUUUUUUUGCCUUUUUAAGUUUAAAAUAAAAUGUAUAGUUUGCAGAAUGUAUCACUAAAUAAAUGGGUUGUUACCUUGCAUAGCU